CGACCAUGUUGAUUUAGCAAGAACAAACACAAUAGAGACCAGUUGGUAAACGUGAGUUUGAGAUUUCGUUGAGUUAUACAUACGAAAAUUCGAUCAGCAUCGAUGAUAACAUCAAGAUAAGACUUACAGCAGAGAUAAAAGGUGACUGAGGUCUGAGUUGCUGGCCUGUUUAGUGGAGGAAACGCGACUCUCUCCUCACCUUGUACACACACACACACAUAAACACAUGCUAACUGACAUACAAGCGCACACACAUACAGGUGAAGUCUGUGGAGAACUACUAUUACAAGAAAGACUACAAAGUUUAAGUUUGGGCCGUAUAUACGCAAAGGGAACUCUUGGAGUUUUGGACUACUGUUUCCCAGGAUUGUCUCUGUUUUUGAAGCAUCAGGAAUUUUUGGUAUCAGAAAAUCCACUUGCAGCACGACUGCUUGAGAGGAGAGGAUUCACAAUUUCACCAAUACAUUGUCAAUACAAUUUUUUGAAGAGGAAUUAACAAAGAAAAUCCUUUGCAGUUUUUGAAAAGCAGGAAAAGACUCUAUAACCAAGAGAGAGCAAACAGCUGUUUUGAUGAACUGACUUUAGUUUUUGGAAAACAGACUGAGGGAAAAGAGAGAUUGAACUGUUUGAGCACGAAACGUGGAUAUUUUUCAGACUCUCUCUUCAGUAUUGCCUUAGCUGUUCUAUUGCAGGAUUUGUACUUUUGUGAAACUUGUCUGCAUAUAAUUUUCUAUAUUGUGGUCAGGUCUUCUAUAUUUAUGCAUAUAAAUGCUCAUUUCUCUUCUUUUGGAAGAGCUGGAGUGAAACUUAUUUUUCAUGACGCCAGUGGCUCUUAUUGAAAGAGGCUACACUGUACGUCCACUUGUCUAUAUGUAAAUACUAAAGACACUUCUAAGUAAGUUCGGAUUUAAGAAAUAGAGUGCAUUAUAAAUGCUUUAUUAGCUUUUUUUGGUAUUAAUACUCCGCGAAGGGCAGUGGAACCUUACCGAGAGGAAAAAAAAAAAACUUUAAAAGACAAAGGAGUCAACUGAAAAAAAAGAAAGAAAAAAGACUACAAAAGAAAUGGCAACAGCAAGAACAGAAAGCAUGGGCCCCGUGGUGAUGGGUCUGAACAAGCAGAACGGGCAGCUACGAGGACAGACCAAACCUGUCUCCCAGUCAGGACCCAAUGCUGUGAGCACGCCGCCUGGAAAGAUGCCAGCAGGAGGAGGUGCCCAGAAACCAGGGGGUGGCACCCAGGAAGGCGGCAUUAGGUUUGGUGAUGACUGGAAGAAGAGCUUACUGCUCCCCCCCAAAGACACUAGAGUCAGAACCUCUGAUGUGACUUCGACCAAGGGGAAUGAGUUUGAAGACUACUGCCUAAAGCGGGAGCUCCUGAUGGGGAUAUUUGAGAUGGGCUGGGAGAAGCCCUCCCCGAUUCAGGAGGAAAGCAUCCCCAUCGCCCUUUCUGGUCGUGACAUUCUUGCGAGGGCUAAAAACGGGACUGGAAAAAGUGGGGCCUACCUCAUCCCCCUGCUGGAGAGGAUAGACCUGAAGAAAGACCACAUCCAGGCUGUUGUCAUGGUUCCCACUCGAGAGCUGGCCCUUCAGGUCAGCCAGAUCUCCAUACAGAUCAGCAAGCAUCUGGGCGGAGUCAAAGUCAUGGCAACCACCGGCGGAACCAACCUCCGCGAUGACAUUAUGCGCCUGGAUGAGAUUGUUCAUGUCGUGAUCGCAACACCAGGGAGAAUUCUGGACUUGAUUAAAAAGGGUGUGGCCAAAGUGGAUAGAGUUCAGAUGAUGGUCAUGGAUGAAGCAGAUAAGCUGCUCUCUCAGGACUUUGUGGUGCUCAUCGAGGAUAUCAUCAGCUUCCUGGACAAGAAACGCCAGAUUCUGCUUUACUCCGCAACCUUCCCCAUCAGUGUACAGAAGUUCAUGAGCAAGCACCUGCAAAAACCUUAUGAAAUCAACCUGAUGGAAGAGCUCACUCUAAAGGGCAUCACCCAGUUUUAUGCCUAUGUCACGGAGAGGCAGAAAGUCCACUGUCUCAACACGCUCUUCUCCAGGCUGCAGAUCAACCAGUCCAUCAUCUUCUGCAACUCUACCCAGAGGGUGGAGCUGCUUGCCAAAAAGAUCACCCAGCUGGGUUAUUCCUGCUUCUACAUCCACGCCAAGAUGAUGCAGGAGUACAGAAACCGUGUGUUCCAUGACUUUAGGAAUGGGCUUUGUAGGAACCUGGUGUGCACUGACCUGUUCACUAGAGGAAUCGACAUUCAGGCAGUGAAUGUGGUCAUCAACUUUGACUUCCCGAAGAAUGCAGAAACCUAUCUGCACCGCAUUGGUCGAUCAGGGCGCUUUGGGCACCUGGGUUUGGCCAUCAACCUGAUCACGUCUGAGGACCGCUUCAACCUGAAGGGCAUCGAGGAGCAGUUGGUGACCGACAUCAAGCCCAUCCCCGGCACCAUCGACAAGAGUCUGUACGUGGCGGAGUACCACUCGGUCUCACCGGGCGGCGAGGAGGAGGAGGAGGAGUCGAGACGUCCCGUGGCCAAGCCCAGCCAGCCCUAAAGCAAAGCAAUGAUUGGCAGGACCACAGGCUUUGGGCUCGCUGGCUUUUGCACAGACGUUUGCUUUUGCACAAAGGCUUCACACUCCUCUAUGGACUCUCCUUUUUUUCCCCUGGUCUUUCUUUCUUUUUUUUCUUUCUCCUUCAUUCUUUCAUACCCUCAAUUUUUCCAUUGCCGUGCCAGAUUACGUAAAACGUUUCAUUCUUGUGCACAAAACUGAGUCAUGCAACUCUGGCCCUUAUUUAUUUUGUAUUUUUUUCUAAGAAGGAACCUUAAACAUUCCAGAGUCCUUGAGUGACUUGCAAUAAAUAAACAGGACCGAGGGCCUGCAGGAUUAGGUAGAUCCCAAGCGUAUGGACAUCAUUGAAGUGACCAGAGCUGGCUGUUGCUCUUUCUUAUAUAGCAUUUGGUUUGGAAAAGAGAAGGAAAAAACAUACUGAUUUCUGAGGCAGUUUUAGGAAAUGGAGACGUGGUUUCAUCUUCAUACACACAAACAUACACACAAACAUGCACAUGUGUGCACAUUGGUGCGCACAAACACAUUUUUUUGUUUGUUUUUGUUUUUGCUUUUGGUGUGUGUCCUUUUAAAGAAGCACACAUGUAUACACACACACACACACACACACACAUGCCCUGUCACUUAAGUGCCUUUAUUUCUGACAGGCCAACUGUAGGCGUUGAGAUGUUGACAAAGAAAAGCUGACUAUCCUAGCUGGCAUCUUUGUGAUGCCCAGAGUUUAGUCUAACCAAGAAGGAACAGUUGAUCCUGCUCAGUUCUGUUGAGAGGAUUCCCCGUAUGAUGUGACACUCCACGUACUGGCAGCCAAUCGGCUUCGAGUCACGCCAAGAUCCAAGGGCAUCGAAAUUUUGUUUGGGCUGAAAAUGAGUAAAAAGCACAAAAGCUUAUGGUGCUUUUUUUAAAAGUGAGACCUCAUUCUUCCUUUUUUUCUCUUUUUUUCUAUUACAGGAUUCCUAAAAGGAUCCACUAUAAAUGUGACCGUAGAUUAUCUUUAAGCACCUGUUUGCAAGAAUCGUUGGCAAUUAUGAUUAAUGCAAGGUGAUGAGUACUUCCUUUUUUUUCUGAAUUGGCGCAGGGUCAUGCGUGAUGGGAUAAGGCUUUGGCCUUCUCUGGCCUUUUCAUGUUGCCAUUUUGAGCUCUGAAGGACCUGUCUGUAUGUCUUGUCUCCCAGUUAACUAUGCAUUUGGCUGCCGACUCAGCUCCAUGCUUCAUUAAUCUACGAUGCUUAACGGCAACACAGCCACACACCAACCCAUCUAUGCUCUUUAAUGUCCUCCUUUAGAAACAUGGCAAUAAUAACAAUAACGUAAGCCUGCUAGCAUGAUUUCCUGCAUUUUGAGUUCUUUCUUCCUACUUUUGUGAGAUCAGUUUCAUCAUGGAAAUUGCAAAGAAACAUACGUCGUUUGACUUCUACCAGGCGCGUGUGACCACCUAGCCUGAUACUUGGGCUUGGGUCUUGUGACUUGCAGGCUUUUAUAUAUUUUUUAUGCAGCAUAGUGCUUUGCAUGCUAUAGUAGAACUUUUUCAGGGCCAGUCAGUCAUAGCAUGACGUUUUAGCUUCAUGAGUGGAGCUCCAACCGCCCCCGCCGCCCCCCCCCCACACACACACACACACACACACACACACACACACACACACACACACACACACACACACACACACACACACACACACACACACCUGUCAACCAGUCAAUGAGGGUAAAGUUUUAUGCUAUCAGCCAGCCAAUGAGCAUCAAGCUUCUGGUCAGGCUCCUGCAGUGAUGAGAUUUGAUUGGUCAGAGGAGGCUCGCGCUGAGGCAGUUACUGUUUGAAAUAAGAGCCGCCUGACUCAGUUUUGUGCACAAAAAAUGGCUUUUUUUUUGUUUUGUUUUUUUGUUUUUUGUUUUUUUGCUGGGAAAAAAAAAAUCAAAAAUUGCCCAUUACUUUAAAAAAAAUCAAUUUAUUUUAUCAUGCAGCUCCUUUCUUUCUCCUUUUGUUCUAACUGGCAAACCGGUGAAUGUACUACAGUAGUUUUGUGAGUUUUCUGAUCUUUCCAUGAUUAACAGAAAGCUAUAAGAAGCUCAUCUGUGUCCCCCAGCUUACAAAAACCCACUCUAGCAGACCCCUUGGCACUGUUGAACAGUUCAUAUCUCAACAAACAUGGUCACAUGCUAAAAUGUUAACAAUUAUGUUGUCUUUUUAUUUUUGUUGUUUUUAUAAACCUAGCAGGAAAUGGGCCGGGUUGUUAAAAACAUUUUUCCUUUGUGCAUGUUUGUUUUGUUUUCUGGAACAUUUGUCCCUUUUCUUUUCCCCCUCUGUGUGUCCAGCUUUGCACUUCAUUUUCCUGACCUGUCCUCUCUGUAGUGUCUGUCCUGACCUGGUUUCUCCGUAGUGUCUGUCCUGACCUGGUCUCUCUGCAGUGUAUGUCGUGGCCUGUCUAACAGGCUCUCCGCUUGACUCACUCACUGGAGUCUGGUUUUUGCGCUCUUCUCUGAAGCAUAAACUGUAGCAUCUUCUAACUGGCAGCUGUGACGUUGUACUUUUUAAGUUUAAGUUUGGUCUUUGUCCCUGCUGCAGAUGAAAGUAGC